GGGAGGCUGUGGGGAAGUCCCGGCGGCUGGAGGAGAAUAGGGGGCGGUGGGUACAUAGACGGGUUUUUAGCGGGACCCCCGACGAGGCUGGCGGCGCGGGGCUAGUGGUGGGGGGAGAGGCGAGGCCGGCCAGGGGGCGCUCGGGACACGUCCCCGCGCCCUUUGCUGGUGCGUGGGGGUAGGGAGAGGCCGGAGCCAGCCAGCCCGGAACCCGGCUUCCUGCGAGUCCCUCUGGCGGCGUCCCGGAGCCAGCCAACCCGGAACGCGGCUUCCUGCGAGUCCUUCUGGCGGCCUCCCGGAGCCGCCUCCCAGCCCUAGUCAGCGGGGCAGCAGCCGGGUCGUGUCGGCGGCCGCGGGGCCUGGCGCCACGAUGAGCAGCGGGGGCGGCGGCGGCGGCGGCUCGUCCCGCAGCAUUAACUGCGCGCUGCCCACCAUCCCCUCCAGCAAGCUGCCCGACCUGUGCUUCCUCAGCCGGGGCGCCUACGGCACCGUGUCCUCGGCGCGCCACGCCGACUGGAGGGUCCCGGUGGCCGUCAAGUGCCUGCAGGGGCCGCUGCUAGACAGUGAAAGAACCAAUCUCUUAAAAGAAGCAGAGAUUUUACACAAAGCCAGGUUCAGUUACAUUCUACCAAUUUUGGGAAUUUGCAAUGAGCCUGAAUUUCUGGGAAUAGUGACUGAAUACAUGACAAAUGGCUCAUUAAACCAACUUUUGCAUGCGAAAAAUGCAUAUCCUGACAUUGCGUGGUCACUGCGAUUCCGUAUUCUGUAUGAAAUUGCUUUGGGAGUGAAUUAUCUGCACAAUAUGAGUCCUCCAUUGCUGCACCAUGAUUUGAAGACCCAGAAUAUUUUACUGGAUAGCGAGUUUCAUGUUAAGAUUGCCGAUUUUGGUUUAUCGAAAUGGCGCAUGGUGUCCACAUCACAAUCACGAGGUGACAAAUCUCUGCCAGAGGGAGGGACUAUUAUCUACAUGCCACCUGAAGACUAUAAUCCCAAUCAGAAAACCCGUGCAAGUGUAAAGCAUGAUAUAUACAGCUAUGCCAUUAUUAUGUGGGAAGUAAUGUCAAGAAAACAGCCCUUUGAAGAAGUUAUAAACCCCUUGCAGAUUAUGUAUAGUGUGUCACAAGGAAAGCGACCAGACACUAGUGAAGAAACUUUAUCAAUGGACAUACCCCACCGAGUGCUGAUAGUAACAUUAAUGGCAAGUGGAUGGGCACAAAAUCCAGAUGAAAGACCUUCUUUUUCAAAAUGCUUAAUAGAUCUUGAACCAGUGCUGAGAACAUUUGAUGAGAUAUCUAUGCUUGAAGCAGUAGUUCUCUUAAAGAGAGAUAAGUCAAAAUAUGAGUCUCAAUGUAUUCGCUUCAGUCACAAGACAUCCGAUGUGGAGCUGACAUCUGUAAAUAUACCUCUGAAUCUUAGUCCACAGGAGGUAAAGACAACAGUUCUGAAGGACCGUGCUCUCUUGUUAGCAUGGAUGAAUAUCUCUCCAGCCCAAAGUGCUAAAUUGUAUGUGCCCUACCACAGCUACCCUUCCUCAUUUGGUGCAGAUCGUUCAGACGCAUCAAAUCCUAUGACACACAUGCUGCAGUCAUCAGCACUUACCCCAGGUUUUGCUGUGGAAUCCAUGCAACAGGAUGUAGCUCACCAGUGGAUCCAAAUUAGGAGAGAGGACAUUGUCAGCCAGAUGACUGAAGCAUGUCUGAACCAGUCUCUGGAUGCCCUCCUAUCAAGGGAUUUAAUCAUGAAAGAAGACUAUGAACUUAUCAGCACCAAACCUACGAGGACAUCAAAAGUCCGACAACUGCUUGAUACUACUGACAGCCAAGGAGAGGAGUUUGCUAAAGUUAUAAUACAAAAGUUGAAAGACAAUAAACAGAUGGGCCUUCAGCCUUACCCAGAUUUAUCAUCUGCUUCUAAGACUGCAUCUUUAAAUUUAUCAUAUCAGUAUAAAGCCAUGUAAAUGUUUCCUUACAAGUAGGUUUCUGUUUCUGAAAGGUUACUUUAUAUCUGUAUUGCUUUGGUCUUUAUUGCACUUAUGUAAGUCUGGUAAGCGAAAGAAUUAGAUGUAACUAAGGUUACAUUGUAAGGUUAAAACUAGUCAUUUUGAAGAGCAACUGGAAAGACAUACACUCUAAUGAAGUAUUUGAAAGUAUUUUUAUUAUACAUAAAAAGAGAAAAUGUUCCCUAUUCUCUAUUUUAAAUAAUCAUAAUUAUUCCAUUUAUAAAUAUCCUUUAAGUUGUAACUGUCUUAAAAUGAUGGGGAUGCUGCUCACUCACUAUCGUGGUAGGAUUGAUAUAAAAGGAAAAAACCCUACAACCAACCCUGUAGAGUUCUGCCAAUGUUCAUUUCUGUUGUAAGCUAUUUUCACAUUACCCUUCUGGGUAGAUUUGUUCCUUCCUAAAGAACACUAAGACUGCCAUAUGCCUGUAUUUAGAUUUUAAUUUUGUCUCUUCACUCAAGUAGUAAACCUAAUGAUACAAGACCUGCACCUGCUCCCAUUUCAGUCAAAGGGAGUGUGAUGGGAUCCACAGACCAGCAUGUGAUCUGGUAGAACGUUGCUGUCUAACUCAUCUCUUGCUUCCACAAACUUGACACAAAAUCACAUGUGAAAUGUAAAAUGUUGCAUUUGAUCCAUCAAGCUUCUAAUUCCAGUUUAUUUUUAACGUCUACAUGACCUGCAGUAAGCACUGAUUUUAUGUGGUGUAUAACGAUCAAGCUGCCCAGGUGGGUUAGCAGUAACACAAUAAACGCACAUGACCUCCUUUGACACAAAAGCACUGAGAGUGCUGCAGAGCUAGUAUACUUACUUCCUGGAGGAAAAGUGUUGUGUGCUGAUCUGUAGCAUCCCCUCUAUCAGCACUGAAAAUAGUGGUGUUCAGCACUUCUAUAGCUGAGAGGGCAGCUCCAGUCAGGCCAAUGGGGAUGUGCGGGUUGGGAGGGGGGCAGAAUUCUGUGCUUGCCUGAGGCUUUCAGUUUGAUGGGCAAAUACCCCUUUCUUAUCCCCUCUCUCCCUCCAGACUACACCCUUGGUGUUCCGCCUUUCUUGUUUGAGGGAAGGCCAUUGUUGAGAGAGAAGUCUGAGAGGAGGAAUCUGAUUUUGUUUUAAUUCUCUUUAGCACAUUUAAUACAGUAUGAAUGGUUAUAAAUCCGAUUUAUAGCUUUUUAAUUUUCUUGGAUGCAGCACAUACACACCAUCUACAUUUUACAGCAGUAAGAAGUUGAGUUGUUCGGUUAUGCUGUGCACUGAAUGCCAUUGGCAUUAAUAAGAAUUUUGCAAUUGAAAAUCCCACCUCCCCCUCCAAGAAGGUUACAAACAGCAUGAGUAAUUUACUGCCCUUGUCAUAAAAGCCAAAUCAAUGAAGAAUCCAAAUUAUUGAUACUUGGAAAAUCUUGGAGGAUGAGCUAGGGCCUGACCCAUUUCAAAAUAGUUCAAGGUUUAAAUUGUGCAUUACUGCUUGCCUAUGUGUUUAAACAUGGCAGUGAUAUUUUAGUAUCUGUCUUAACUUGUUUUGUGAACUGAGUCACCAGAAUGUGAUCUAUAAUUUACUGUAAACUUUUGCAGACUUUACUAGCUAAAUUCACGUUUUUGCAGUAAAUUGGAAUUUUGCAUUUCAGCCCUGUUUCUGUGCAGAUAUUUAAACUUGUUACUAAUGUAAAAGUUCUGACUGGGGCAUCAACAGCACCUAAUGGGACAAUGCCAAGCUCCAGUGUGUAUGCUUUUUAUAGAAUAGAUUUGAAGAUGACCUGGUGGAAUAUGGUCCUAGUGAGCUGUGCCAGUCUUGCUAGUGAUGCCAGACCUACAUAAUGUCCCUACAAUGUGCUUUUUUUUAAAUGCAAGACUGUUGCACCAAUAAAUAAUUGCAAAUCCUCUUUCUUCAGGCUCAUCCUAUACUAUAAAAUUGUCAUAGGGCCCAGCAGCACUUCAGACACGGAGAUGAGCAGUGCCAAAGAUCUAGAAAAAUCAGUUAUUGACUGUACCAGACAUGCUGCUUGCAAAUUUGAGAGCAAAAUUGAAGAUGGCGCUAAAUGAUAGUGAGUAAAUCGGAAGUGGACUGGAACAGUAAAGUGAGAGAAGAAAUAUUGUAACCAUAGGUUUCACCUGCAUGCCUGGAUAUUGCUUCCAUUUUUCCAUCCCCAACUCCUUCCCAUUAAUUCAUUAAUGGUUUUACCCCUGGGUCUCAGUCUCGCCCUCUGAAAUGAUGCAGGAUGUCUUGAUUUUUAUCAAAUAAAUGUAAUGAAUGGGCAUUGCUAAAUAUAUGGUAGAAACAGUGUCUGCUUAUGGGAUUGGGUUCUCUUGUGGUACACUAAUACAGGAGUACCUUAAUAAAAA